UAGAACGUCAUGGCGAAGUCUGUCACAUGAGCUGUUGUCGCUGAUGCUGUGACGAUGUCGAGGCCUCAGUACACAAAGUGACUUGGACUAUACAAUGUGAUUUAUAGGAGCGUAGCUCCAGGACAUCUGAGACAACCAACUUCCGUAGCACAUCAUGUCCGAUGGUCGUAACUUGCAGGAAGAUGGUGGGAAGGAGGAGGAUUGUGUUGAAGGAACAGGAGGUGAUUCCUCCCAGGAAGAGAUGACGGAACGUAAAGAUGGUUGUGAACGGAGACCAGCUGCUGCAGAAGCAACCGAAUCGAACAAGUCAGACAAUGAUAAACCUGCUGAUGAACCUGACUCUGCUGAUGAUGUGAAAGAAACAGAUCCAUCCCUCUCUGGGGAUGAAGACAAGAAAAGAAAGACUCAAGGUGAAGGUCGUGGGCAGGAUGCUGCUGCAACCAAACCUCUUGUUCCAUCUUCAGAGUGUGAUUCAGAGGGAUUGGAACAAUCUCAGAGUGUUGCCAGUGCUCCACAAGGAGAGAGUUCAGGGAUGGGUCAAGUUUCUGGAGCUGGGGAGAAAGCUCAUGAGGCUAGUUCUACCCCAAGAAAGAGUUCAGGGAAGGGUCAAGAUUUUGGAGCUGAGGAGAAAACUGAUGAUGCUAAUACUCUCCCAGGAAAGAGUUCAGAGAAGAAUGAACUUUCUGGAGCUGAGGAGAUAAAUGCUGAUGCUAGUGUUCUCCCAGGAAGGAGUUCAGGGAAGGGUCAAGUUUCUGGAGCUGAGGAGAAAGCUGAUGAGGCUAGUGCUACCCCAGAAAAGAGUUCAGGGAAGGGUCAAGUUUCUGGAGCUACCGAGGAGAAAACCGAUGACAUGCCUAUUCCAAGGGAGUUUGAACCUCUGUGGGGAAUUCUCUCUCAGAUUCCAAAGAAGGCUCAGCGAGGUCUGCUGAUGCAGUGUGACCUCAUUAUGACCUGUGUGUCCGCAGACAAGUCGUACAUUGCGUUGGGGACAAACAUUGGCUUGGUGUUUCUCUAUGAUAGAAAAAAACACACUAUGGAUAGACUGAAGACUGAUACACCCAGUGAUGUUGUCACCUGCAUCCAACUGCAUCAUGGGAUAGACUACCAGCUGGCCGUCGGCAUGGCGUCAGGUGCUGUGUGUAUGUUCCUGCUGCCGUCAAUGAUGACAGGUCUCAACAAGCAGCUUCAGAAGUUCCAUGUGAAGGACAUGCACCGGUCCUAUCUGACGUGUGUGGAGUGGAGCACUAACGGCAUGAGGCUGUUCUCCGGGGACAAGAGCGGCACUGUCGUCACCACGGAGGUGGACUUCUAUCAGGGUCAGUGUAAGUCGACGAUCCUCCUGAUCGAGACACAUGCUGAAAUCAUCCAGCUCCACUACGACCACAAGGUCCUUCUCGUGUCCACCAAACAACGGUCACUUAUCUGUCGCCUUGACGACCGGGAUCGCCUCACUCAAGUCGGACAACAGGACAGAAAGCUUCUGGGAGGAUUCGGCGCUUGUUUCAUUCCUGGGCUGUGUAAAAUCAGUGAUGCUCAGAUGUACGCAUCCAGGCCGGGAUGUCGGUUGUGGAAAGCAGACAUAAAUGGCUCUGUCAAAAACACAUUCUUGUUCAAGGACCUUAUUGGCAGUUCUAAUCCUGACAUUCCUCUCUUUAAAAUGGAGAAGUCUAUGGGCUCUCAGGAGCCCCAGUUCGGUAAACUGUAUAUCUAUCGAUCCACUCAGCUCAUGACUUGGACUCCCUUGGGUAUGUUUAUCCUUGACCCUGAAGCAAAUGUGAUCAUUGCUGGGACCGAUCGUCUCGGCUACAUCGCUGACGUGUCUGUGUGUGAGGAUGAGAUUUUUGUGCUCAGGCGGAACGUUGAAUGCAGUCUCAUCAGGAUUGCAGAGAAAGCUGAGGUUCCAUUGGUUAAAAAUGUACUGUCAUCCGUUCCAGCUCACACGUCUGCUCAUUCCCCUUCUGCGUCUGCUUCUGCUGUGUCACGUGACAGUCAUGUGACCUCUGCCAACACUUCCAGUGGAAAAGCAGAAAAAGAAAGCAAACAUGUCUCUCCUGGAAGUUUUAUCAAAAAAAACAUUUUGGGAAAAUUUAAGUUCCUGGAUUUAAAAUCAGACAAUCGUCCAUCAAAGGAAUCUGGCCUUCAGCAAGAAGUGUCCGUGAAACAGAUGAUCGAUGAUGAUUAUGAUUCGUGCAAAGAUGGACACAACUGUAGUGGCAGAGAAGCAAUAAUUACGUCCCCUGAUCUCCCGCCUGUUGUGAAAAUUAACUCCCCUGAAUUAACGGCAUUGCAGGUGUAUGCGGGAGUUACCGGGUCGCCCAUGUCUCCUGAAGCAGGUCAUGACCUUUGUCAGAUUACUACAUUUGAGGCGCAAUCAGGGGAGGUAAUUUCCAAUGAUCCUGUACCCCAGAGUAUCGCCUCUGGUGGUGAGAGACAAGGCCCAGAGACUUCAAGGGAGGGAGAGGAUCACAUGUCUCUCAUCUCGGAGAGAAUCCUGGUUAGCGCUAACAAGAAGAUAGAGGUUGGAGACAUUGUGUUCGCUCCCAAAACAAAGAAACAUAAAAAGAAGAAGCACAAAACAGAAAAGUCAACGGUCAAGGAAGAAGAUGAGAUUAGCCAGAACUCUGACACGAGCCAAACCAUUGUUGAUGAAACUGCAGACACAACUGAUGCAGCAGGAGAGACAACUCCAAGCCCUGUGGACACACUUGAGAUAGCAAAUGAAAUUUUGAAGAGGACAGCCGAGAUGCUGAAGACAGAGUCAACUGAAGAAGAUGUCGAAGUCGAGCGACAGGAAUCUGUCGGAAUGGACUCUCUGUCCUCUGUGGCCUCGGAGAAGAUGCCGUCCCUCAACAAGACCCCAGAAACUGUGACUCCAUCAAGCGAAGGUUCUGAGUUCAACCCUGCUAAUGUGCCCUAUACUUACAAUGUAGAUGAGAAAAGUCUGCCGGAUGUCAACAGCACCGACUACAAGAUUCACUGUCUGGGGAAAAUGGCUCGCGAGUUGUCAUCGGGCUAUGGUACCGAUCCUGCUCCAAGUGUGUCAGAUGUCAGUGGACGAGAUCUGUCCCACACCUCAGGUAUUCUGUCACCUGUGUCCCCUUCCUCCGACCCUCUGAGAAAAAGGGACAUCUACAUGACCUCUGACACUUCAACUGAAGACUUCUACAAGAAAUACAUGUCUCAAUCAUCAAUCGAUUCCAACAUCACGAGCCCCGCUGGUCUCAAACAGAUCUCCCCGGAACCGGAAUCGGAUCAAGUCUCUCCCGAAGAUGUUCCACCUCCUGCCUCUGCAGAUACAUCUUCAGCAGCAGAUGAUAAGGUGGCAGCCGGGACACUUCUCAAACUAGCCAACAGUUGGUCAGAGAUCAUCACGCCGACCAAUGUGUACAGUUUGUGUGUGUCUGAGACACACGUCUGGUUUACUGACAAGAGCGAGAACAUCUACUACAGCUCUCUGAGUGGGGUCAAGGGGGUCGUGUGGCGAAAGGCUAGCGGGCAGGCCAAGCAGAUUGCCGUGUCCAGCAGUGGCUCCAUCGUGUGGCGGCUCCAGAAGAACACAGUGUAUGCUGGUACCAAGCUGAGUGCUCGAAGGCCCGAGGGGCUCAAAUGGGUGGAGGCUGUGAAGGAUGUCAGCUACAUCAGUGUGGACGACAAGUGUGCAUGGUACCUCAAGACCAAUGGUGACGUGAUGGUACAGAAGGGUUUGUCUGCGGAGCGGCCAUGUUUCAAGUCCAUGAAGGUUGACGGCCAUGAACAUCUGAAGUUGAUCGUGUGUCGUGGAGGUGUGGUGUGGGGCAUUACUGACAACCACAAGGUCGUGUACAGGUCAGGGGUCACUGAAGCUUGUCAGGAGGGAACAGAAUGGAAGAAAUGGGGUGCGGCAGACGACAUCCUGUUUUCGCACGUCACCCUUGGAGAUGAAGGAACUGGAUGGGGCGUGGAUGUUGUCGGUCGUAUCUGGUUCUGUUGUAAUAUUACCAUGGCAACACCUUGUGGAGAUGGACACUGGUGGCAGGUGCCAAUGAGCGAGUAUUUUGUCCAAGAUGCCUCAGCACUGGAUGCCCUGAAAUCUCUUGCCAGCAAGUUCGACCCCCAGAAGUUGUCCUUCCUGCUCAGCACCAGUCGAGGGGGGCUCAUUACCGCCGGACCCCAGGGGGUGUGGGUCUGCCUCGAGUACAAGAACAUCCUGCAUGUCUGCAGGGGCAGCUUCCAGGGCUACAGAUGGGAAGACGCCCACCCAGUCGGCAUGGCAGCCAGUGCCACAUGGAAGACUGUGUCUGCCAAUGUGGCGGAUCUAGACUGGGGCCUUGUGUGGGCCCAGCAGCCGAACCAGGAGCUGUACGUGUUCCCAGCCGACACCAGGAAAGCCACACUCAUUUCCCCAUCACCGAUGUUCAAGUCCAUGCAUGCCGGACCCAUUGCUGUGUGGGGGCUGGAUAACAAUGGCGAUGUGUGGGUGAGGGCUGGGAUGGGCCCCUACUGCCCCCACGGGGCGACAUGGGCGGAGCUUGACCUGUCACAGCUAGGUGACUCCCAGCUGAUCCAUGUCAGCUGCAACAGUCAGUAUGUAUGGACCGUGGACUGCAACGGGUUGGUGUACCAGCGUAUCGGCGCAAAGGCUCCCACGGACCAGCAGCUCAGCCCUGCCUGGCUCCCCAUUGACUCCUUCUCCGAGAUCACCUUCACCCAGGUCGUCACCGGACCGCUCGAGUGGAUGGUGUGGGCAAUUGACAACCGUCGCCUUGGUUAUGUGAGACAGGGAAUUACAGAUCGGAUGCCGAUUGGCCGAGAGUGGGUUCAUGUUCCAGGUACCCUGAUUACUGAGCUGACGGUGACAAAGACGGGGGUUUGGGCCCUCAACCCUCACGGGGAGGUCCUCUACCGCUAUGGCAUCUCCAGGGACAACCCGUGUGGCAACUACUGGAAGAAGGUUCCCGGGGUCUUCUCUCAUCUGUCAGCAUCUCCAACAGAUGACCUGUGGGCCAUCAGCCGGGAGGGGCACCUGCUGCAGUGUCGCACCAAGUACUUCCAGCGUCGGCAGAUGUCCAACGACCCCCUGCUUCACCGGACACUGUCGGGGAGUAGUGAGGGGGAGGGGGAGUGGGAGCUGGUGUAAGCCUCACCCCCCACACACCCCACACCCCACACCCCACACCUGCUACCAUAUCCUCACCAGUAAGUCUUUAGUCCAUGAUCAUCUGACCCUGGUGGGUGGUACUGUGACUAAAGUCUUUGUGUCCACAAGGUCCGUGUUUGAUUCUCCUCCUAGGAUUCUCCACCUUGGUUGAUGCAUGUCAUCUUAUUACAAUUGCGUAGAGCAGUGCUCAUGAUAUCAGUCAUUGGAUUGUCUGACCCGAUUAUUUACAGACCCCAUCAUAUAAGGAAACUGUAAACUGAAACUAUGGAGGCUUGUCCACCUAGCUCAUAUACUUUAACAAAGACUUGUGUGAGAAGUAGCUUUAAACUCUUGUUAAAAUCAAGCCCUGGUUUCAAGUCCUGAUAAGCUGACUGGAGUGGUCAAGAAUUCCACCACAUUGACUUGGUCUCCCAAUAAGCUGACCACUGUUGGAUGUGUUUCUGAAAAAGACAGUGGCAUCUGCGAGAUUAUCUCCCCAUCUCUGUCCCAAUCAAGACAAGUAUUUUUAUAAUAAGCGGUCAGUCAGUCACUCAGUCAGUGAUUCAUGUGUCCCAAAAUAUAUAGUUACUCUAAAUAUAUUGAAUCUUUUGAUGUUGAUUCUUUGUAUAUUGAAUCUUUAUAUAUUGAAUCUUUUGAUGUUGAUUCUUUGUAUAUUGCAUCUUUCGAUGUUGAUUCUUUGUAUAUUGAAUCUUUAUAUAUUGAAUCUUUCGAUGUUGAUUCUUUAUAUAUUGAAUCUUUUUAUAUUGAAUCUUUCGAUGUUGAUUCUUUGUAUAUUGAAUCUUUAUAUAUUGAAUAUUUCGAUGUUGAUUCUUUGUUUAUUAAAUCUUUCUAUAUUGAAUCUUUCGAUGAUGAUUCUUUGUAUAUUGAAUCUUUCGAUGUUGAUUCUUUGUAUGUUGAAUCUGUAGAUAUUGAUUCUUUAUAUAUUGAAUCUGUAGAUGUUGAUUCUUUAUAUAUUGAAUCUGUAGAUGUUGAUUCUUUGUAUAUUGAAUCUGUAGAUGUUGAUUCUUUGUAUAUUGAAUCUUUCAAUGUUGAUUCUUUGUAUAUUGAAUCUGUAGAUAUUGAUUCUUUAUAUAUUGAAUCUGUAGAUAUUGAUUCUUUAUAUAUUGAAUCUGUAGAUGUUGAUUCUUUGUAUAUUGAAUAUGGAGAUGUUGAUUCUUUGUAUAUUGAAUCUGUAGAUAUUGAUUCUUUAUAUAUUGAAUCUGAAGAUGUUGAUUCUUUGUAUAUUGAAUCAAUAGAUGUUGAUACUUUAUAUAUUGAAUCUCUAGAUGUUGAUUCUUGAUUUAUUGAAUCUUGAUAUAUUGAAUCUUGAUAUAUUGAAUCUUUAUUGUUCAGCCAGCAUACCAUGGCAUGUGACGCUCUGAUUCCAGUGUCCCCGUGGUUAGAAGAUGCCUCCUUACAAUACUUAUAUACAUGUGAUACGCCUGUACAUAACAAAAUUGAUGUAUGCUAUUGUUGUUUGGUAAAGCUUUAGGUACAUGGACAGGCUGACUACAUAAGCUUUUUAAAAGAAAUUUCAGAUCACAUUUGUACGUGCUGUACGUAAUUUUGUAUGUGUUUAUCCGUGGGCAUUGACAGAACCCCAGGCAGACGAAGAAACGUCACUUUUGUGAGGCCCUUUUCAUCAUGUCUUACAUCAUAGACCAACCUGCCUUGGAUUUUGAAAAAAACACUUUUUUUAUGGAAUUAUACUUUCAUUUACUGUAUAUUGGGCAUUUCAACUGGUCCUGCAGCGGUGUGGUAGCCUAGUGGUUAAAGCAGUCGAUUGUCACUCCGAAGGCCCGGGUUUGAUUCCCCAUUGGGUAAAUGUUUGAAUCCCCAUUUCUGAUAUCUCUGCCGAAAUGUCGCUGGAAUAUUGCUAAAAUUAGCGUAAAACUCAUUCACACACUGACUUCAACUGGUCAUACAGCUCAGUCUCUGGAGACUGAAGAACAUAUUGAAGGUACUUUUUGUGUAGAGAGCUCUGUUGGUGUUUGCAGAAUAAGAGCAUGACAAAGCUCUUCUGUGUGUACCCAUGUGCAGGUUUAAAGACAUGUAUUUUGUUAAAGCUCUUGCAAAUGUUGCAAAGAUUUUGUUUGUAUAUCCUAUUUUGUAUUAUAAAUGUAGUGGAAGGGAAUUUAUUGCUGAGAUGUUUGCUGUUAGAAAAUAUGGAGUUAUCGGAUUAAAUAUGAAUAAGGCAGUGCAAUAAUCCCAUGAUUUCAAAUUACAACUGAUUUGUUUAUAAUUAAUACUCAGUUUACAUUGUGCUGAGUUGUUGUUUAAUUGGCCGUAUUACCGUGUUGCUGGCUGCCAUGUUUCCAGUAUUUAUGUGUUCAUGUUAUUGUGUCUGCAUACUGACAUUAUUAUCCCCUGCCAUGAAGUGGAAGGGGGAUAUAAGAAUGGGUGAUGUCCGUCCUUCAGUCCGUCACGUUUCGUUUCUGGAGCAGAACUGAAAAUCCAUGAGAGUUAUCUUAACCAAACUUUGCACAUAGAUAGGUCUAGUAGUGAACUGGUGCCUUUUGAUUGUUUGGGAUUUUUGAAAAAAGUAUUUUUUGAGUUUUCACGGCAAUGACUUUGACUUUGACUAAAAACGGUGGUGGUGCUCCUUUCUGGAGCAGAUCUUGAAAACCGUACAAUAUUUCUUCACCAAACUUGGCAUAUAGAUAGGUCUUGUGGUAAACUGGUGCCUUUUGAUAGUUUUGCUUUUUUUUAAAAAAGAUUCCAGUUUCCAUCGCAGUGACUUUGACUUAGACUGAAAAUGGUGGUAGUGCUUGUUUCUGGAGAGCUAAUGCCAACCGGACAUUUCAUAUUGGCGGCAGAUAUGAGUAUUUCUUGCUUGUUUCACUGUAGACUAUACAUACAUGAAAAUAGAACUCAGCCCCCCACUCGGCAGCCACAGCCAACCGACUGUUAUGUUUACACAAAGAUAUAUGUACAUCUAUACACGUCUUUGGUGUACAAACUAGUAAUGACUGUCAUGACGCCAAAUAGUCUCCCCCUAAGCUUAAGUAUUUUCUUUGUUUGUCAACUUGAAUUUCUAUUUCAUUUCAACUUUCAUUUAAUUGGUGUAUUAAGAAUGUAAGGGGAGUUUUUCUGUUGGUCUGCAGUCUCAAACCAGUCUGAUUAAACAAACGUAAAUUCAUCUUGGAAAUCGUAAAUCAGUUGUGAAGCUUUUCUCAAUUCACUAGAAUCAUGAAGAUCCAGCGACAGGCGACUAAUGGGAUCGGGUGGUCAGGUUCACUGACUUGGUUGAUGCAUGUCAUCGUUUCCCAGGUGCAUGGAUCGAUGCUUAUGAUGUCACUCACUGGAUUGUCUGGUCCAGACUUGAUUAUUUACAGACCGCCGUCAUGUAGCUGGAAUAUGGCUGAGUUUGGCUUUAAACAACAAACAAUCAAAAUCUCAAUUCACUAGAAUCGCAUUUCCAGAGCCACACAAAAAUAUAUAGGUCACAACAUAUAGGUUAAGAGGGGAAAUUUCAAGAUUGUAAAUGGCUGCUUGCACAUUGGUAGUAGCGACGAUACGGAGGGUGACUAGUGGUUGUGGGUAGAACACUCUCUUAGCACUUCAAGAUGUAGGUGGUUAUGGGGAGACUACUCUUGUUAUACUGCCAGAUAUAAGUGGCCAUGGGGAGACAACUCUUGUAGUACUGCCAGGUGUCAUGGUGGAGGGGAGACAACUCUUGUAGUACUUCCAGAUGUAGGUGGCCAUGGGGAGACUACUCUUGUACUGCUGUGUGUCAUGGUGGAGGGGAGACAACUCUCCUCAUAUUGCCAAAUGUAAGUUGAGGUGACAUUGACGAUCAUUACAACUGUUAAAUGGUUAUGUGUGACAGAGUGCAUCACAAAUGUAGAAUUUUGUUAAUUUGGUUACUGUCGUGUAUGCAAUGUGUCACUGCAUCUUGAUCCUUGGUACUGGGGUGAAGGUUAAUUUAUCAGUUUUGAUUUGUUAUUAUAAUUAUUGUGAUAUUUUUUACAUAUCUGUGUCUGAAUGUGAAUGUAUAUAACAUAUAUAAUGUGUGUAUGCAUGGGUGUUAUCAUACCUCUGUUCAUCUGCUGACAACACUUUCUGAACAUGUUAUUUUAAAUGGAUAAGCAGAGCAUGCAUUAUGUGUAUGUUUAAUGCUUGAAACUGUGCUUAUAUCAAACAUACAGUGAUAGAUUUGGUUCUGUUGAAGAUAUUGAACGCCAUCCAAAUAAAUUAGAGCUUUGUUUAGCUUUGUAUGUGAAACCUCGUUAUCCUGCCAUUUUAGUUUUGAUAAAAAAAUCACUCUUUCACGAUUCUGGAUUAAUUGCAUCUCCCUUAAUAUUUAUAUUUGUAUAAUUAGAUUUGCUUGACUCACCAUUCGAUAUAUUGCACCACCUGAACCAAUUAUCCUGCAAUCAGCUAUAUCAAGACAAACAUAUCACUUCAUGACAAACCUGGCACCAAAUCCUCAAUACAUGUAUUUGUUUCCAUUUUUCCCUCAUCCUCGUUUGUCAAGGGUAUAAUAAUGCCAUUCUGUUGAUACCUUGGACCCAUCCACGACCAUAGCUUCAUUUAGAAGGGCAUGACACUAAAAAUAGCUUCCUGAUCAAUUUCUCUCAUGAGCAAGAGAGAUUUUGUGCUAAGUUACAGAGAUGGGAAUGAUAUCACUCCGAAAGAAAACUAUGGUGGCAAAUUGAUCUAUGUAUAUAUAAUACUAUGAAGUAUAAUACACUGUAGGGCUGGGACGAGUCCAAAUCUUAUACCAGGGAACCCAGCCCUCUAUUACCCAACCCUACCGGGGUACCUGCUGUAGGUCUCAAGAGAUAUAUACAUACAAAUUGUCGGAUUGGCAAUAGUUAUACCGUAGCCCUGGCAAAAUGUGUUUAGAUACACAUAUAAAAUGAUCUGGUCAUGCAGCCACGGACUGAAGUUCUCCCUUUAUUCAAACAGCGGUCGGGUAGCCUUGUGUUUAAAGCGUUCGCUCGUCAAGCUGAAGACCCGGGUUCGAUUCCUGACAUGGGUACAAUGUGUGAAGCCCAUUUCUGGUGUCCCCCUGCCGUGAUAUUGCUGGAAU